ACCAACCUACCUACCUACCUGUUUAUCUACACCUAAUUGGAAGAUGAGUGGUCAUAUAGUCCAAAGAUGAGAUAAGGAGGAUGGUGCUUAGUUACCAAGAAUAAAAAUCCCUUCCCACUGAUGCUAUUUGAAGCAUGGCAGCAUAUAGGCAAAAUCAGAGAAGGCAAAUCAUGAGCAGCUGGUUCCCCUUGGUACCCAAGACCAGGAGAUAUUUGCAUCAUAUUUGAGCCAAGAGCACACCUUUUAUCUACUGCCUUAGCAUCCUGCCCAUUCAAGUUCUGGCUUAGAUGCAGAAGCCAACCACUUGUCUUACAUCUCCAGAAGGGAGUGUGCGGGACUGUGGGUCAGGACAGGGAGGAGGCCAGGAGCCAAGGCAACCAGUGGUGACUAGAGGAGGGGCUGACAUGCUAUCAACACUAACAGUUUUCUUCAUGUUGAUCUUUGUCCUGCUCUGUUUCCUGGGGAUCCUGGCCAACAGCUUCAUCGUGGUGAUGCUGAGCAGGGAAUGGCUACGAUGCGGUAGGCUGCUCCCCUCGGACAUGAUCCUCCUCAGUCUGGGUGCCUCCCGAUUCUGCCAGCAGUGUGUUGGGCUGGUGAACAGUUUCUGCUACUUCCUGUACCUGGUUGAGUACUCCAGGGGUCUUGGCCGGCAGUUCGUUAGUCUCCACUGGGACUUCUUGAACUCAGCCACUUUCUGGUUUUGCACCUGGCUCAGUGUCUUGUUCUGUAUCAAGAUUGCUAACUUCUCCCAUCCUGCCUUCCUGUGGUUGAAGUGGAGGCUCCCAGCAUUGGUACCCUGGCUUCUACUGGGCUCUCUUCUAGCAUCCUUCAUCGUAACUCUGCUGUUCUUUUGGGGAAACCAUACUAUAUAUCAGGCAUUCUUAAGGAGAAAAUUUUCUGUGAACACAACCUUUAAGGAGUGGAAUAGAAAGCUGGAGAUAGACUAUUUCAUGCCCCUGAAACUUGUCACUAUCUCAAUUCCUUGCUCUCUUUUUCUGGUCUCAAUUUUGUUGUUGAUUAAUUCUCUCAGGAGACACACCCAGAGAAUGCAGAACAAUGCCCACAGCUUGCAGGACCCCAGCUCCCAGGCUCACAGCAGAGCUCUGAGGUCACUCGUCUCAUUCCUGGCCCUUUAUGCGCUGUCUUUUGUGUCCAUGGUCGUUGAUGCUACAGUCAUCAUCUCCUCAGAUACGGAGUGGUACUGGCCCUGGCAAAUUACACUUCACUUGUGCAUGUCUGUGCACCCAUUUGUCCUCAUCACCAAUAAUCUCAGGUUUCGAGGCACCUUCAGGCAGCUACUCCUGUUGGCCAGGGGUUUCUGGGUGGCCUAGAAGACACACUCUUCUUUAUCUCGGCCAUUUCAAAAGACUCAGUUGAGGGUAACCUUCUUUGGAAGUGAACUCACUUACCUGGAAAUGUCUUCUUCAUAGGCAGACAUGGGCUCAUGCUAUGGGGCUCCUUCGUGGGAAAGGGAAGAGGAGAAUACAGGGCAUUUCUCUGAGCAUUCUUCCUUAUCUUGGGAUAUUGGGAAAAUGGAGAUUCUGAAUCGUGGACCAGUGUUGACCUGAAGUGCAAAGUAUAAUAUGUUCUGUUGCUUUCUUAUCUGCUUUGCCUUUGUUACUGAUUAAUUCUUUAGGGUACAGGCGUGA